AUGAUUGUUAUGACCACCGGUACAGCAUCAUCUGCUGGCCAAAUCCAGAAGUUGAACCACCUAAAAAUAAACAUGACUGAUUUCGAUCGCUUCAAGUUGAUGCGCGCGAAACAGCUUCGAAAUCGACUCGUACGUCUAGAAGCGGCUAAAUUACGUAAGGCAACAAAGGCAGGAGCGGUGAAACCAGCUGGUGAAAAGCCGACAAAAACGAAGAAAGCUAAGUAA